AUAAACACCUGAAAAAGACGAUGCUGCCGCCUGGAAGUGGGCCCGCGCGACAAGGGAAAGUCGCCAGAACCGGUAGUGGGAUAACACAAGUUCAACUACACGGCACAGGGAUCAUGAAGAGGGCAGCUGCGCAUGGCGCAGUUGCGAAGAGGGUGGAACUACACGGCAGAAGCGGAAAGAGCGCUACUAUGGGGCUGCAGAACUACGACUCCAGUGCAAGUAGUUCCUUGCCGAGUUCUAAUGUGAAUAAACUUCCACCAAGUAGUAGCGGUGUUCAAAGACCUACGAUCAACCAGUCUUCUUCAUCCUCAUCCUCAUCUUCGGCAGUUCAUAAAAUCAAUCUGCAACGACAGAAUAAGCCUGGAAUUCUGAACCAUCAGAGCGGCACGUCGCGAGGUCUUCUCGGGCUGGGAACUACUGGAAAAGCAGGAGCGCAAGAUGUUGUUGCCAAGGAGGUGAUGAGACAGCGGCAGGCAGCACAACAGCAAUUGCUAGUGGAAGAGGAACCGGAAGAUCCCGAGUUCGAUCUACAUCUCGAAAACAUGCUCCUCCUCCCAACGACGCUGUCUAAGCGCGGCACGGUCGAUUACGUCCGCUUGAAGAGGCCGUACCAGAAGGAACUGCAGCGGAGGAAACGGGAAAAGAACAAGGCCCGGGCGAUUCGCUUGGAAAGGGAGGCCCGAGAGAAGCAGGCGAAGUUACUGGCACAGCAGCAGAAAGUAUCACAGGAUAAAACUAAAAGUGUUACAGUAACACAUUUGUUGGAGUUUCUGCAUCACAAAGUUGCUCGACAUGGCAAAGAAAACCUGUGUUGCGCAGACUACAAGGGAAAUCACGAAUGAAAUGAGGUUGGCAAGCAUUUCCCGCAUGACAGAACUUGUCUGUCUUGCUUCGCAUGCAACACAAUGUGUAUCUGUAAACACCUUUUUCUUGCGAUAGAAAGCCCGGGCGAAAGCCGCGGCGGCCGCGGCCAAAGCGAAAGCGAAGGCACAGGCGGCCAGGUAUGAACUGCAAAAGUAUCGUGCUAGUUGUAUAAAUCGCAAUACAAAUUGGCUCAGCAUUACAAAUUUCAUUUGUAAUGCGGAUUUGCAAUAGCAAGUAGAUUUGUGAUGCAUAAAUGCGAUUACUACGAGUACGAUACGUUUGCACAGGAUACCAGGAACGCAAAGUCAACGGUCCGGAAAGGUGGCGGCGGGGGAAGGAGCGCGGCGAGUGGGCGGAAGAGGUGAG